AAAUGUGCCUCAGUACUGAGCAUCUUUGAUCCUGCACAGACAUCCUACUCCUGUUCUGUUCCUGACUUGAAGAUGUCAGGUGAUAUUCUCACACCUUGGCUCACAGACCAUCAGAGCUGUCCAGAUAUUAAAGGACCUUUCAUUGCUGGAGCUCCAAAGAAGAUCAGGAGCACCAUUCGCAGACAUAACAAUGCCACUCUUCUGACCCAAGAGCAGUUCCAACUUUUAAGCUCUCUGGAGAAUAUUUACAUCAAUAAUAACAUUCCCUGGAAAUCUUACCUUGAACUGAAGACCUAUCAGAUAAAAGCAGAAGUCCUGCUAAAUCAAGGCCUCACAGAGGAAGCACUUGUGAUGUAUCACAAAUUUUCAACACUCUUUAUGGAGAAACUCAGAAAAGGCCCGAAUAAGUGUCUUUCAGCUCGAAUAAGAUCCAAAAUCAACAAGACUAUAAAUAACAUUAAUGAAAAAGUUAAGAGCCUUAAAUUCACACUCCGAAGAAAUCAUACUAAGGAGUAUGAAGGCUACCUAGAUAAGAAGAAAAGAAAAGAGGAAGAAGCAAAAAACAAGGCGUUCUGGAAGCAUAGAAAAAAUCAUGGACAAAACUCCCGAGACUUCCCCAAAUUCAGCUCUCUUCUACAAAGACUUAUGAGUCGUGGAAAGGUGGGCCCCAGCCUGACACCAACAUCUACAAAGUCUGAAGAGCCUUCAGGAGGAAGCACACCUGUGAAACAAACAGUGGUGUGUGGCCCACAGGAAGCCAUCGAGGAGAUAACCCCCACCCCUUCAGCAGACACUCUUGGGGAGACUAAGGUGGUGAAAAGCCCAGUUCCGAACUCCAAAGGCCUCCGCCCUGUGAUCCUUCCAAAAGACUUAUGGGAUAGGUUCCUGCUUUCAGCGAAGAACAACACCAAAAAAAAAGUGGAAACAUGCGGAGUCUUAUGUGGUACCCUGGUAAAGAUAGGAAAGCUCCUUGUUCUGAGAAUGUUUCUUCCCCCUUGGCUUCCUAUGACUCCCAGAAAACAUAUCCAGGGGCUGUGUCUAUACUUAUCACUCCACAGAAGGAACCAUGGAUGACAAGGCCUGGCCACC